AUGUCAGCACGCAAGCGCAACGAAUGGCUCGACGCCGAAGAAAGCGACGACGAUGAGCGAGGCUACGAGUCCGUGGAGGAAAGCAGAGCGCACACCCUGCCCUCAGCCAAACGACAAAAGAUAAACCACUCGUCCGAAGACGAAGACGAAGACGAAGAUGCCGACUUCAACUCAGAGGACGUGGCAGAAGCAGAUGACGACAAUGAGGAUCCCCUUUCCAGCAAAAACGCCGAACUCGCACGUCUCGAGGAGCUCGCCGCAGGCCUGCCCCAAGACCUGAAGCUACAGACCGACAAGCUCGGCGGGAAACCCAUCGAUCUCAAAACACCCAAAAAGGACAAAUCCGGCGUACUCUACGUCUCCCGCGUCCCGCCCUUCAUGAAGCCCACGGUCCUGCGCUCCCUCCUCACUCCCUACGGCGCCGUCGGCCGCAUCUUCCUCACGCCAGAAGACACAACGUCGCGCCAGCAGCGCAUGCGCGGCGGCGGCACACGGCGCAAGCUGUUCCUCGACGGCUGGGUUGAGUUCCUGCACAAAAAGGACGCCAAGUUUGUCGCCGAGAAUCUGAAUGCGCAGACAAUGGGCGGCAAGAAGCGCGGGAGGUGGCACGACGAGGUCUGGAACGUCAAGUACCUGACGGGCGUCAAGUGGGCCCAUCUCGUCGAGCAGAUCCAGAACGAGAACGCAGAGCGCGCGGCGAGACUGCGGUUCGAGAUUCAGCAGAGCAAGAAGGAGAACAAGCGCUUCCUGGAGAACGUGGAGAGGGGGAAGAAGGAGAGCGGUAUCGAAGCGACGAGGAAGAGGAGAGGCGACGACGCGGAUACGCAAGUGGCGCACACAAGCGGGACGACCGAGAGCAAGCCGAAGAAGGGGAAGAGGAGGCUGGAAUUCACGCAGCACGCGGCGACGAGCAAGAGCGACAAGAAGCCUGAGCCGGGCCAAGAUGUGCACAGAGUGCUUAGCAAGAUCUUCUGA